AUGACCAGCCAGGCUUCCCCAGAGGAGGCUAGGCCUCCCAGGCCUGGGCCAAAGAGCUUCCUGCUCACAGAGAUGAGGAAUGCAUCAGGGUUUCUGAAAACAGCCGGAGCUCCCCUGGUGUCAACAACCUGGCUUCCGCCCAGCCCCCCUCCGGCAAUGCCCACAGUGGCAGCCGGGCCGCAGAUGGAGCGCGUCGACAAUGGCUCGCAGGGACCCCCCCAGCUCUUCCUCACCAGCGCAUUGGCCCGAGGCGUUUCAGGCGUAUUUGUAUGGACUGCUCUGCUGCUAACCUGCCACCAGAUCUACUCCCACUUGCGUUCCUACACCGUCCCGAGAGAGCAGCGCUUCGUCAUCCGCCUCCUCUUCAUUGUGCCCAUCUACGCCUUCGACUCAUGGCUCAGCCUCCUCCUCCUCGGGGGCCAUCCAUACUAUGUAUACUUCGACUCUGUGAGAGACUGCUACGAAGCAUUUGUCAUCUACAGUUUCCUGACCUUGUGCUUCCAAUAUCUGGGGGGAGAGAGCGCCAUCAUGGCUGAGAUCCGUGGCAAGCCUAUCAGGUCCAGCUGCUUCUAUGGGACCUGCUGCCUCCGCGGCAUGUCCUACUCCAUCACUUUCUUACGUUUCUGCAAACAGGCCACACUACAGUUCUGCAUCGUGAAACCAGUCAUGGCUUUGAUCACCAUCAUCCUCCAGGCUUUCGACAAAUACCAUGAUGGGGACUUCAACAUCCACAGCGGCUACCUGUAUGUGACCCUCGUGUACAACGCCUCGGUUAGCCUGGCUCUCUACGCUCUGUUCCUUUUCUACUUCGCUACCAGGGACCUCCUCAGGCCCUUCGAGCCAGUGCUCAAGUUUCUCACCAUCAAAGCCAUCAUCUUCCUCUCCUUCUGGCAGGGGAUGCUGCUGGCCAUCUUGGAGAGGUGUGGGGUCAUCCCCGAGGUCCAGGCUGUGGACGGCACCAGGGUGGGGGCUGGUACCCUCGCCGCUGGCUACCAGAAUUUCCUCAUCUGUAUCGAGAUGCUGUUUGCCUCACUUGCACUGCGCUAUGCCUUCCCUAGCCAGGUGUACUCAGAGAAGAAGAACUCACCAGCCCCACCAGCACCUAUGCAGAGCAUAUCCAGCGGCUUAAAGGAGACUAUCAGCCCACAGGACAUCGUCCAGGAUGCCAUUCAUAACUUCUCACCAGCAUACCAACAGUAUACACAGCAGUCCACACACGAAGCUCCUGGGCCUGGCCAGGGUGGGCACCCAUCACCCAGCACCCAUCCUGGCCCAGCUGGCUCUGGAGGGGGUAAGAAGAGUCGCAACAUAGAGAAACGCAUGCUGAUUCCCUCAGAGGACCUGUAG